CGAGAAUAAAAUCCCGGUUGUUGAAAUCUGAUUGGUUCACGGGCCUGUCCAUCAACAUUCUAAUCCCACCCUAGUACACAUCAAUAACGGCAGAGGAGAGCGACGGUGCGUAUCAUCUUCUGCAUUUAAGCGACUUCUGGAGCUCAGGCGAAGUCAUGCCGAUGAUAAAGAGAAACAUUGAACCACAGAACCUGUGUAAAGGAUCUUUACCUGAAAACAUCAGCAAUGAGCUGGAGUGUGUGUCCAACAACAGCCUUUCAACUAUUAUACGACAACUCAGCAGUCUCAGUAAACAUGCAGAGGAUGUGUUCAGUGAACUCUUCAAUGAAGCCAACACCUUUUAUGUGCGUGCUAAUGGCCUACAGGACCGCAUCAAUCGACUCGCUAUCAAAGUCACUCAACUAGACUCCAGUGUGGAGGAAGUUUCCCUCCAGGACAUUAACAUGUGCAAAGCUUUUAAGAGCUCUACCGUUCAGGACCAACAGGUGGUGACAAAGAGCAGCGUUCCAAAGCCCAUGGCAGAGAUUUAUGACAGCUGUGAUAGACCCCCACCCCUCGACAUCCUGACUGCCUACAGGGAUGACAACAUUGAUGGACUGAAGUUCUACACGGAUCCCUCGUACUUCUUUGACCUGUGGAAGGAAAAAAUGCUUCAGGACACAGAGGACAAGAGAAAAGAGAAGCAAAAACAGAGGGAACAGAAGCGUUGUGUCGAUGGGACGCUGCCACGAGAGAUUAAAAAUGUGCGUAAACCUAAUAACCGUAGACAGGAAUGGAUCAUGAUGGGGCAUGAUAAAGAGCUGCGUCCGAAUCAUCGUCAUCAUCAUCACAGAGUCAAAUCAUCUGAUGGUGUGCUGUCUAUAGAGGGAAGAUCACAUGAUCCACACAAGCUUGGCUAUCCAGUUCCAGUAAGUCACGCUGGAUCGCGGCCUGGUCAUACCAAUCCACGGGUGGAGACUGCGGCGUCCUCCAUCGAGCAUGAGUACCAUAGCAUCGGUGGUGCUGUCGGGUUGUGUACAGGUUCAGCUGUGAAUCCGCUCGAUCAAACACACCCGGCUACUCAACAGCAUCUGCCUUCUGAACAUGGAGUCAAUGGAAACAUCACUCUCCCUCCAUCAGAUUAUGGUCUGAUGGAGUGUUACGCCAGUUCAGGGCCACUGUCUCCUCCGGUGGGUCCCAUUAUUCCACCUGCACCUCCUGCAGGUCCAGCUCCACCUCCUCCCAGACCAAUCGCCACAACCGUACGUUAUCCUUUUCCACCUGCCCCUCCUUCUGAAGGUCUAUCACCGCCUCCAGCUCCUCCUGUACCUUCACAUACAAAUACACUGACCGUGCAACCUGCUACUGACGGUCGCAGUGACCUCCUCUCUGCAAUAAGAAUGGGUAUCCAGUUGAAAAAGGUUCAGGAACAGCAGAAACAUUGGGCUGAAAGAGAGCCGGUGGGGAACGAUGUGGCCAUGAUUCUGUCUCGUCGCAUUGCCGUGGAUUACAGUGACUCAGAUGGCGACUCGGACCUCGAUGAGCACGACUGGUCUGACUGACAAUUGUUUAAUUUUACCAAUGCAAACUGUGUGUAAAUAACAGACAGAAAUCUUUAUUUUUAAUAUAAAUGCAGGUUCUCCCACACAUUGACAAUACAUGUUUGUGCAAUAGAAAGAGGAGCUACGAACAGACUAAGUGACCAUCUGUAUGGUGUACUAAAAGGGCCAAAUGGCCAUAUUGCAGGAAGCUGGUAUUUUAAAGGCUGAUCUUUUAAAUGUAGCUCAACUGAUAGAGCAUUGGUUAGCAAUGGUCACAAGGUUUGAUUCCCAGGGAACACAUGAGGAAAAUAAGUUUAUU